AAGUAGGACAUUCCCCAACAACUUUUUGUCCAAUUUCAAUAAUUGUUUUGCCCAAUUCAACUGCAUUUAUUUGUCCAAAGACUUUAGCAUAGUUGAAUGUAUCUGCUUUGAAAUGUCAAAACUACAAAUCACUAUUCUGCAUAGAACUAUUUCAUCACCUGUCUCUUCAGUCUCUCUUCUUCUCCUUCCAAACAAAAAAAAAGAUAGAAAAAACCCCAUCAUCAACAUGACCAGUCACACACUGUUCGCUCUCCUGCUGCCGCUCGCCGCCGUACUGACACUUGUCUCCGUCGUCAGCGCCGCCGGGGCAGUGAGCACUUCUGACUUUCAAAUUAUCACGAGAGAAGAGAGAAAUUACAGGCAAAAGAAAGUAAUUGACAUUUCCCAUAAAUAUGUUCCUGAUUUGCCAGCUUUCGGUUCAAAAAAUGGGUUAGGCAACUUCAUAAGACUUCAGACAAGUAUCAAAUUGGGUGAUCUCUCAAAUGAUUCAGUCUUCAACCUUUCUACUCAUUCUGGUACACAUGUUGAUGCUCCUGGACAUUUCAAUGAGACUCUUUUCGAGCUCGGUUACGAUGUCGUUUCGCUUGAUCUCCGAACCUUAAAUGGUCCUGUUCUUGUAGUGGAAACUCCACGGGACAAGAAUAUUACAGCUGAAGUGAUGAGGUCAUUGAACAUACCCCGAGGAGUAAAACGUGUUAUCUUUCGAACAUUAAACACCGACAGGAGGCUGAUGUACAAGAAAGAAUUUGAUUCCUCCUAUACAGCAUUCACCUCAGAUGGAGCAGAGUAUCUGGUCCAGAAUACUGACAUCAAACUGGUUGGUGUUGAUUACUUGUCUGUCGCAAUUAAUCCCAAGGAUCAGCUCACUAAAGUUCAUCAACUUCUUCUGGCUCCUAAAGAUAUAAUUCCGGUGGAAGGCCUCAAGCUUGAUGAUGUCGUCCCAGGAGUUUACACAAUUCACUGCCUACCUCUGAGGUUGAAUCAUGGCGAUGGUUCACCUGCCAGGUGCAUCCUCUUCCAUUAAUCAUGUCAAGGCAGCUAAUACUUUUUCACGGAGAAAAUUGUCAAAAUUUCAACCAGUUUCGUUAACUAAGAAUGUUCAAGAAAUUGUUAUGAGACUUACAUGUAUUUAUGUACUAGCUUCCUUUAGCCUUAUCGACCCAUGUGACUAUGCAGUAGUAGAGAUGGUACUGAUGUUUAUUCAUGUUAUUACGUGGAUCGUAUAUUCCUAGCUAUUCUUCUUGCCUUACUGAGACACAUGACUUAGUUCA